AUGUCGCAGGAGAAUGGCCAAGGCUUAAUGGAUACGAAUGGUAAGGACUUUAGGCUGUUUUUCAAUUUUAGGUGUUAAUUUUAAAUUUUGGUAGAAACAAAAAAACUAGAACAUUGGAUAAAAAAACUGAAAAACGAUUUUCCAGAAGCCUCAUCUCAACCAGAACACAGUCCAGACGGCUCGAACCACAGUACGAGUCCACCGCCCUCGUCGGCUAGCUCUUGGCUUGAAGGGGGCGUCGGCCAAAACUGUACUCCUGACCGGUCGCCAUCUGAUCACGGUAUUGUAGAGGUGUCGGAUAAAGAGGAAGAAGAAGAAAUGGAUGAAGAAGCUUUACACUACAAUCUACGCUGUUCCAGCCUUGGGCUGGGACCACUAAGACCGCAUCGAAUGCCGCCAACUUUAAUGGCAUGUGGUCAUCCAGCACCGCCUACAGCCAAAAAUCAACGUAAAUCUUGGGUCAGUAACGGUCGAACUCAUUGUACCACAUGCAACCCGCUGACUAGUAGCAACAUGAUCAAGAACAGCGAGGAACGGUCGGGCUGGCGCAGUACCAUGAUUCAGUACGUCGAAAAGAGCACAUUCCCACCACACGUUCUUAACACAAAUGAAACAUUUAUAUAUAACGGAGAUAAUAAUGGAAAAAUCUCAAUUCCAAAGCUUCCAAAUCAGACUUUUCUCAUGGAUCUUGAGUUGUUUGUACCUGUUGUUUGUGCUGAAGACUUAUGUCAAGUGCCACUCAGAGCACUGAGUUGCUUCCGGUCGUUUGUAUCAAAUGAUACGAGGGUUGUGGAGUUUUUCCAGGCUUUACAACCACAAACUUUGGCUCAUUUUUCGGUUGGGUUGGUCGAAACAGCAUUGAGGGUGAUGGAAGAUCCGACUGAAACCGGUGAUCUGGCCUUCAGAAGAAGCCGUGUGGCGUUACAAACGUUUUACCAUACAGCUGCUAGGGUUAUGUUGUAAGUGUUACGUUAUUUUGUACUUUGCAGUUGGGAUAGUGUCAACGAAGCAUAAUAUUUGUAAUAUUUUUUAUUAAAACUUAUGAUUUUAGUUUCCGAGACACGGUAAACAAACAUCAGUUGCCUCAAUGGCUUAGCUUGCUAAGGGUUGAAUUUCUACGGCACGACAUGAUAUUGUGCAUCUUUGUUACUAUUAAAGAUUUACAUAAAUGUAAGUUUUGAAAAAAUCUGUAAAUGAAAUUUGAAACAAUUUUAAAAAGGAAAUAAUCGAUUUUGUCGAUCUUUUAUUUGUUUAUAACAUUUUUAUACCUACAUUUUGAUUUUUCAGGGUUUUUUAACGCUGACGAUCUCUACCUCCGCCUUCUGACGGACCUCAUAAUAAUCUGGAGUAAUCCCGCUUUGAUGGCCGACAAUCGUCACGCCGUUCAGCAGAUAUUUGUUAGUCUACUGGAGAAUGAACCUACUUUCUUAUACGAUUGUUUCAAAGCACUGGAACGGGAGACGUUCUCGGAACUUUUGGCUAUUACUGACAAUCUGGUUCAAGCUGUUAAUAUGUCAAGAAGUCGGGAAAUUGAAAACGAGUUGAUGGAUAUUAACGGUGCUAUUCGGGAAAACAUUCUGGCUCAUCGAAAGGUAGGGUUUUAGGCUUAGUAAGCUUAAAAAAUAUCGAUCUUAUUUUAGUUCUUCCUUCACCGAUCCAAUCUUCAAUUCCUUGUGGAUAUGUUUGAAAUCUUGGAUAAGGAAAUUCAUGAAGGCCGGAGCUACAACCGCUACGAGAUUGGCGUUCGUCUUCCAAUGAUUAUCGAUAUUAUUUAUUUUUGCUCAUUGUUCCGUGCCAGUUACGACAGUGUCCUCUUCCAAAGCCAAAAAGCUGUCAAAAUUCUGUGUGGUGUUUUGAAAGCAGUAAGUUUUAUUUUAUUUUGAACUUUUGUGUUUUUAGGCAAUAACUCACUAACUUGGACAAUUCUAUCUGUUCUGCGGCAUAUCAUGUUUAAAAAAUUAUCGUAAAUGCUGUUUAGGUUGUUUUUGCUCAAAAAGAACGAGUCCAAGCUUCGAUUGUGUCGGGUACAUCAACUCGAAUUCCAUCGCACAUUAACAGAAUACCUCGGUCGGACAUUCCAGUAAGCCCGGUGCAAGAUGAAGAUCAAGAAAAUGGCGCAGAUCGUGUUCCGAAACAAAAGCAGAGUAAGCAUUUUUGGUAAAAGUUAUUAUUUUUUUGUAGUUUUUAAUCGGUUUUUGGCAGAAUAGUUAUUUCUGCUGUUUCAGAGUUCUCUGUGGAACGCUACAUGAAGGAUUCGAUUCGAGGCCUGUUGUAUAAGAAGAAGACCAAAGACGAAAAGGGCAAUAACACACCAACAAAAGAACCAGAUGAAAACAAAAAGGAUGAAUUGAUGGAAGAAGAUGAACUGAAAGAAGGACAAAAGGCUUCAUCAAUCAAGUCGGUGGAAUCAGCCGAUGAACCUGUAUCAAAACAUCCACGCUUAGACGCGAAACAACAGUUGGCAUUGGUCAAAGGUAAGAUUAUGUUUAAUGGAGUAAUUAAAAUUUUUUGAAAAAUUUAACGUUACUAUCUGCUAUCUAAACAUUUUGCAAGAAUUAUGAAACUAAUAGCUUUGACACAGAUGUUUUAGGAGUUUUGGCGGCCGAAAAGAAUGGCGAUUUGGCGAACGAUGUGGAUGACGAUGAAGAAGAUGAAGGGGAAGAAGAAGAGCUGGACGAUGAAGACGAGGAAGAAGACGACGAGGACAAUGAACACAUUCCAAAACAUAUUGAAGGCAUCUUCGCACCUCGUGCCGACAUUUUCUUCACACAAUACCUGGCUCAACGUCCUUCCGACACAAUUCCAGAAGAAGAACAAACGUACCUACCGUAUAUGCGACUGUUCCAAAUGAUCGCCAACCGAACGUUGCCACAACACUUGUUCAUGUCCUUAAAGCAGGCUACGCUACGCUCAAUUGGCGGACUUUGCCGAAUGUCGCCGAAGAAUCAGGUGGCAGCGGGAAAAUUGGACGUUAUCAACUUGUUAAUUCAGUGCACAAUGAAAAAUGACAUGGACAGAGCAUCGGUGGUAAGAAUUUUUUUAGUUUUGUGUUUUUUUUUACCUUAUUAUUUUGGUUGGUACCUUCUAUUUUUAGCAAUUAUGUUAUCUUUUUUAGUUCCAUCAUGGUUUGAGCACGUUACGAGCACUAUGUGUCGAUUGCCAUGAGAAUCAACAGAGAUUACUGGAGAUUUUGGAGGUAAGUUUUGUCUAAAAUACGUUCUACCAUCCUGUAAUUUUAAUUUUGUACUUUUAUUAUAUUAUAUUAACAUUUUAGAACUGUUCACAGUUCAUCGACGGACCACGGAUGGUCGCAGCGAUGGGCUGUCGAAUCCUGACCGACGAAAGCGGCAAACAGAAGCUGGUACCGUUGGUGGAGCUGGUUCCCAAUCAGCCAGCGGCGGCGCCGAAUGCUCCAGCCGCCAAAUGA